UUUACUCAUAAAUAUUUCUAUUUACUUCAAAAUGAUUGAAAAAGCAAGUUUACAACAUCAAAGAGAAGCUGACCGUCGACUAUUGCAAUUCAACAAUUACAAUGAAUACCUAGAUUCUUUAAGGAAAAAUUCUGAUCUAAAAUAUUUAGAAAGCAUAAAACAAUGUCGCAAUAUCGCAGAGGCAGGUUAUCGUUCAGCUGUAACUUUAUCAUUCAAUGAUUUUAAUGAAAGAUUAGAAGAAGUAAGAAAAAUGGUUAAUCCCCCAAUGAAUAUAAGGAAACCAUUAAAUGAAUUGUUAAACAAAACAAUCAGCCAAGACCCUUUAAUUGUAGCUUUAGCAAGUCGCGAAAAAAGGAUACGAUUAGGCGAUUUAGCGACAAUUAUAUUUAUACGAGUAAAAUGCAAAAAAAAUACUGAGAUAUCGUGCUACAUUGAUUAUGGUGAACGAUUAUUAACCGAAAAUUGGAUUCCUUAUUACAAGGGCACAAAACUUCUACAACCAAAAAAAACGGAUUUGAGCUAUUAUAAUUGGAGAAACAAUACAACUUAUUUAAACAAAACUAAAAAUUUUACGCCCAUAACAAUACCUCAAGGUUUAAUAUUUCAAUGUAAUGGAGAUAGAUUGAUAAUAAAUGGCAAUCCGUACUUAACAUAUUCAAAUGUAAAUGUUGACUUAGUCAGAAUACAUUCAGAUAAAUACUUGCAAGCAAUGUUAUUUGAUCAUAUACUAAAAGUAAAAUCGAUAUGAAAAUAAAAAUUGAUAUGACUAAAAGUUAAUCAUUUUGUCUAUUGAAUUUUGUUUAGAUUAGAUGAAUAAAAUUUGUAUACUAAGUUUUGCAUAUAGAGAUCUCAAAGGUAAAGGUAUCUAUACAGGCGAUUAUUUAAUUAUGACUCACGCAAUAUAUUUAAAAUUAUUAAACAUAUUAUAAUUUAAUCUUAUUAGAAAUCAAUAGUAUCUUAAGUUUGAUAAUUUUCAAAAAAAAUUCGGUACUAUACCCACUACUACACUCUUAAAAUUAUUU